CGAAUGGACGAGGAGAACAGAAACGUUGUUUUCGGGUGUCGAAAAUGUCAACACUGUCAGAAACAGAGCGCGCAGGAUGUACAAAGAUACUGAAGUCUAUGUCAAAAUGCGACUUGCUCUCACUUUGUGACACAGUCACGAAUAAGUUGAUAGUUGUGGAAAAUGUUACAGAGGCUACGGAUACUAUUCUCUUAUACACUCAAAAUGCUGAGGAGCUCCUGAAGAGGAAGAAGGUUUAUCGUGAACUCAUAUUCAAGUACCUGGCCCAAGAAGGUGUGGCGAUGCCCCCAAACAGCGAGAAACACCAGCUCGUGAAAAGGACACUGGAGCUUUGGUCAUCUGGGAAGACCGUGGUUGACAAAAGCCUUCCAGGAGAGACAGAUAAGGCUGAGGUGGGCUUUGACCCAGUGGUCCUCGGCCAGCAGUUCUGCCAGUGGUUCUUCCAACUCUUAAACAGUCACAACCCCUUGCUGGGCCAGCCGCCUCAGGACUGGGGACCGCAACACUUCUGGCCAGAUGUGAAACUACGCCUCUUCUCUGUAGCUGGCCACGAACAGAUGGACGAGUUCCUGGGUGCUGAACUGGUUAGCAGUCGUCUCCUGGCCUUGACUGGGGAUGAGCACCUUCUCCUCAGUCCCAACAUGCAGCCUAGUGGCCUCAGGACGCUAACCUCCCCACAUGGCCUGGUACUAGUGGCUGUAGCUGGGACCAUCCACAGAGGCGAAGCCUGUCUGGGCAUCUUUGAGCAAAUAUUUGGCCUCAUCCGCUCUCCGCUGGAGAAAAACUGCUGGAAGAUCAAGUUUGUUAACCUGAAGAUCAAAGGGCAGGAUGCUCUGGGUGGGACAGACAUGGUAGCGCCUGCCUUGAGUUACAACUCCACCGAAUUGCAGCUUCUCUGCAGUUGACGACUCAUCUAACUUGCCCAAAUGCAUUUAUUCAGGCAGUUGUUUCAGAGAUUAGAACAUGGCAUUUGUACUGUCACAAACCACUCUCCUAACUUAUGUUUAGCAUGUCAGGAUGUAGAGGUAGGUGGACAUUAUUGCAUCUAAGUCUGCUUGGUACAUCACUGAUGUAACAUCAACACAUGACAAAGUUUGAGAAAAGGUUCCCUUAUUGUUUUCUGCUUUCUAUAAAAUGGAAAUCUGCUGCUUCUAGAUAAAAUGUAAAUACAGACAUGGGUAUGCUUUUGUAAAUAUGUAUGAUAUCAAAUAUAAAAAAUAUAUUAACACUUGUGCUCUAUACAGUAAUGACAAGUAGGGAAAUACUUGCAAACAGAAUAAAUAGCAUGUGUUCAUUUGACAAUACAUUCUAAUAAAAUUGAUUUUGAACAUAA